AUGACUGUGAAAUGUGAACAACGUAGAGAGGAACUUGAUACAGAUGAAUAUGAAGAAACAAAAAAGGAAACUCUGGAGCAACUAAGUGAAUUUAAUGAUUCACUGAAGAAAAUUAUGUCAGGAAAUAUGACUUUGGUAGAUGAACUAAGUGAAAUGCAACUGGCUAUUCAGACAACCAUCAGCCAGGCCUUCAAAACCCCAGAGGUCAUCAGACUAUUUGCAGAGAAACAACCAAGUCAGCUCCGGACAAAUUUAGCAGAGUUGACAGCAGAUGAUGAAGCCUUCCUGUCAGCCAAUGCAGGUGCUCUCCUCAGCCAGUUUGAGAAAGUCUCCACAGACCUUGGCUCUGGAGACAAAGUCCUUGCUCUGGCAAGUUUUGAGGUUGAAAAAGCAAAAAAAUGACACUGUGGGAGUUUUAGCCCAGAUCCCAUUCUUAUUGGAAAUGGUAUUUUUGUUCUGAGGAUUUGGAGUCAUUGUAAGGAAAUGGAGCUUGUCAAGAAGCAUGAACAUCCUAAGAACAGGUGACAUGAAAAUGUACUGUGACUUCUUUUUAGGAUUUUUAUUCUUCUCCUUCUUGAAUAACUCUGGAUUGUCAUGAUGGAGAGACUCACUGGAUUUUAGUCAUUAUGAUUUGUCUGAGAAGAGAACAGAAAAUGGACUUCCUCAUUCUAUUUUUAUUGAGAUUCUUUGUUUUUAAGUGCUGAUAGGGAAUGAAAACUGUGAGCUAAUGACGCUUUUCUGUUUCUUAACACCAGUAGACUUUCUGCAUUUGUUGAGUCUUAGAAAUCAUUUCAUUUUACAAACAAGGAGACUAAGACUCAGAGAAAGUGAUUUGCUACAAGUCAUAUUAGAGUCAGAUCUGGGUUAAGACUCCAGUGUCCUGACUCCCAGUGUAUUACAACUUGUACAAGUUAGUGUCUAUGAAAAUUCAGUGUCCUAAGCCAAAGUUGACUGGGCACUGAGGGGCCGUUCUCUAUCCUGUGAGCUGUCAGUAUGAAUGGGGCCCUUUGUAUCCUGAAUCUCUAACUUGGAACAAUGGGAGCCCUGUUGGGAGUCUCCUGAAGUAACUUAACCUCUUAUGUUGUUUCACUAGACAAGCAAUAGGCAUUGGCAGCUAGAGGCCCUCCCUUUAUGACCUUUUGCCAAACUCAGAGGGUGGUAACAUCAAGUUACCCUCUACUCUUCAGUUUUUGGAGAAACACAAAAUAAGUUUUGAGAAAAGCAAGUUUCUCUCCUGAGUGAUUAUGACUGUGUGAUCAAAUACAUGGCAGUGUCCUUAAGCUUGUUGGUGAGCUUUUUCUUAGGCACUGCCCUUUCUAUUUCUAGAUUCCUUCAUAUAUUUCUCAGUAUUCUUCUUUUUUGCAUUUUAUACAAACUAAAAACAUUUAAAUGCUUCUUGUAAACUUAAAUUCUAUUAGGUGCUUUGCCAAUUGGACAAGUUAGGGGACCUCAACUAUAGUAAUGCCUUAUUUAGAGUUCAUAAUGUUUUUUGUUUUUUUAAGAUGGGGUCUGUCUGUGUUGUCCAUGCUGAGCUCAAAGUCCUGGGCUUAAGCUAUCCUCCUGCCUCAGCUUCCUAAGAAGCUGGCAUCAUGGUACUACAGAUGAGUGCCUCUGUGCCUGGCCUGUGGGUUCUUCUUGUGCUGUUUUAUAACUAUCAAAAACAAACCUAGGAGAAGCAGAGUAUUUGCUGUCUUCUAGGACUUUUUGGUCAGUUGCCAUUAUUUCCUCUGUGUUUUAUAGCAUUUUGUAGUGUACAAUUCAGUGACACCCAGUAUGUUCACAGUGCUGGACUUCCAUUAACCCGAGUUCCACAUAACUCCCAUCACCCCAAAAGGAGGCCCCAUACCUGUUAAGUAAUCACUCCCCCAUUUGGGCUUCCCAGCCCUUCAGCUUCCAACAAUCUACUCUAUCUCUAGGAAUUUACCUAUUCUGGAUAUUUUAUAUUAGUGGAAGCAUACAUUAUGUGACCUUUUUGUGUGUCUGACUUUUUCCAUUUCAUAUGUUUUCAUGGUUGACCCACAUUGUAGCUAUUACAAUACUUCAUUUUUAUGGCUAAAUAAUAUUCCACUAUAUGAUAGUGCA